AUGACUAUCAAAGUAGAAAAAUUUGGAGAAGUUCUUCGACGAGUAUUUGGUAGCUUAGAAAAUGUUCCUACAAAAGUUGGCAUUGGGCUCUCUGGUGGGCCUGAUUCCAUGCUCUUGAGCUGGUUGUUGAAGACGACUAAUGAACAAUUGAUGAACAACAGAUUGAAGAUACAUGCCAUAACGAUUGACCAUAGCUUUCGAGCAGGUUCUAAAGUUGAGGCGCAAAAACUAACACCUACUAUGAACAACUGGGGUAUAAAGCAUUCUAUUAAAUCACUUGAUUAUGGAGAUGCCGACCCAAAGCUUUUCACCAAUUUUGAGGAGAUUGCACGAAUAAAACGUUUUGAAGCUCUAAAUGAUUUGUGUUGUGAGAAACGUAUUCCGUUUUUGUUUCUUGGACAUCACAAGGAUGAUCAAGUUGAAACUUUUGUACAAAGAUUACAAGGAAACUCCUCAAUCUAUGGGUUGGCGGGAACACGUCAGGUCUCGCCCUUACCGUCGAGUCGAGAUCUUCCACCACUGGAAACCAAGGAUAGACAAGUUUUUUUAGUAAGGCCGCUUUUGGAUUUUUACAAAGAUGAUAUUGUAAAAACUUGUGAAUUGCAUAACAUCCCAUAUGUUAUAGACCCAACAAACAAGAAUCCAAAACUUACGCGACGAAACUUUUUGCGACAAGUAUUUGGUGUCACUCUUCCACAUAUGCUCAAUAAACAUGAAAGUGGAAAUAAUAUAUCGACAAGUCGCCAUGAUACACCCAACCCACCACCCCCAACUACAUUUCCGUAUGCAAACAUAAUGAAAGAAGAGCUUGCUGCUGCACAUAAUGAAUGUGUUUCUUUAGUGGAAACGUUCGAGGACAAAGCCAACUUACUACAUCAAAUACUAGUGAGAAAUGGUCACUUGAAGAAAGAACCAGCAAUAGGUAAGCUAAGUGUUGAAUUGCCCCGAGAAUUGCUUCUAAAUCCUAAUAAUAUUGUAACUAGCAGGUUUUUUUACCAAAUCUUGUAUCCAUACUGCACGUUAAACCACUACCACUGGGCUUAUGCAAAACUUGAAAGACUUGUAUUGCCUCGAAUGGAAGCUUUUGUCCGUGCAGGAAAUCUGGGCUCCAAGAAAUUCAGUUUGAUGAAUUUUAUUUUUCAUGUGACCUAUAAUGCACUCUCUCCUACAGUUUUCAUCGAGAUUACACAUGCUCCACAUUCUCGUUGCGAGUUGCAAAAAUAUCGAUGGCAACAAUCUGUGAUGAAUGGUGCAUGGUCAAAAUGGCGCUUAUUUGGCAAAAGGUACUGGCUCUCAUUCAAGUGCAACACUCCUCACGAGAAGGUGGAUAUUGAGGUUGUGCCAUAUGAUCACAAGUCGAUGAAAUCAUUAAUUGAUGAAUCAUUAAGAGAUUCUGUUGACUCGUUCAAAUUCAAUACGAGUUUGAAUACAUUACCGGUAGUUUUUUUUGAUGGAACCAUUGUGAGUUUUCCUACAUUAGGCUAUGAAAGCCACACAUUACAACUGAGAUGGAAGAUUAAGGAGAAUAGAUUCGGUUACAAUUCUGCAUUUCUGUCUUCAAUUAAGAGUUAG